CCCUGAGAUUGUUUUUUUCGAGCGCGUGCCCAGUGCCGCCAAAACGGAAGGUGGGGUCCCCGUUUUCUUUUACGGGUCGACGACGGGAUUGCCGCGUGUGUUUCAGCUGGGUUGCCAGCAGAAGAAAGGACGAGGGGUGGGGAAAGAUUCCACUGCAUGUUUGUUGUGUCUAUGCGUAUUUGUGUGUGUGUAAUGUGAGUGUGCGUGUGUACGUCUGAGAGAGAGAGAGAGAGAGAGAGAGAGAGAGAGAGAGAGAGAGAGAGUUGUUGAGUCGCUGUGAAAGCAUCCCGGUGCGGCGUGCCACGUAGAAGCGUAGAAGCCUUGCGAGUUCGAAAGCCAUGUCGCCCGGACAUGGUGCCACGUGUUCUCAUGAUCAUGACUGCGGCGCACACUCCUGCGGGGCCGAUUGGUCACUCUACAAGACCGUGGAUAUUCCAAGGGUGCGGGCAUUAAACGAGGCAGUCGAUGGAAGUGCGAAGACAGUUAUCAAGACAUGGGAAAGAAGACUCGAUUUUUCAACAUAUGUAGAGAGUGAGGACGACCCGGAGCUGAUCAUUUUCAUUCCGUUCACUGCAGAUGUGAAGAUAAAGAGCAUCUCAAUUAUUGGAGGUGUCGAUGGCACCAGUCCAUCCAAGAUGAGAGUAUUUCUCAAUCGAGAGGAUAUUGAUUUUGCAAAUGCAAAUGACGUAAAUCCAGUUCAGGAAUGGGAGUUAGCGGAGAACCUUCGCGGGGAACUAGAGUAUCAGACCAGGUACCCAAAAUUUCAGGGAAUUGCAAAUAUCACCCUCCAUUUCUCUGGAAAUUUCGGGGGAGAUGUCACACGUAUUCACUAUAUUGGUUUUCGUGGAGAGUCGACUCAGAUGACUCGAAAGCCGGUUACCAAUGUUGUGUAUGAGUUAAUGCCACAGUUGAAAGAUCACAAGACAAAGGCAGAGCACGGUGGAGCUUGGAAUCCAGUUGUGUGACAUUUCGAAAGUCCCUCCGGUGGAGUGUUAGAGUCCUCAAGUGCAGGGGUUGGAAUGUGAAUGAGUUUUUGCUAUCUCUGGAUCUCCUCCCGUUUCUACCAUGAGUCGUCAAACUGCAGACCCCCUGGACAAUACUGCAAUGACCAGUCAGGUGCAUUCCCCACGUGGCUGCCCUGUGUAUAUAUAUAUGUACACACAUUGACAAGCACAAGGCGGAUGUUGGUCUGUGGUAAGAACAUUUUCAUUCUAUCUGUAGGAUAGUAUGGGUAUCCCUACAAUAGUACCGUGUUCGCCGACGCCUUUGCACCCCCGCUGAAAUGCCUGGUUGGCCGCCUUGUCAAGUAAGAGCCUCUUAAGUUUUGAAUCAUUGAUUUCUCCUAUCCGGCAUUUGAGAGUGCUGCUUGUAUUUUCUUUUAGUCUUUCAUACAUACAUCCAUUUACACUUUGCUUCAGGAGAGCUCUGCUUGUUGCCAGUUGGCUGAUGUCAGCCUGAUGAUGAUGAUGAUGCUCUCUUUCUGAUGUAUUUUGUUCUGGUGGGUUCCCCAAACACACACGUGACAUGACAACAGCGCACAAACACACAUGUUCACAGUGUUUGUGCCUUGAAUGAAUGUGCCAACUGCCAUUUUCGCCCGAAUACAACACGCGGUUAUUACGGCUGUAUGCAGCCGGGCUAGAUUCGGCGAUAAUGACUGUGCAUUCUAUUCAGGCGAAGUCGGUAGAUGCUCUUUGACGAUGGCACGCAUCCACGCAUGGAGUUAGCGGGAGGCAUAUUCAGGCGUGGUUGUUCAUUUCACUGUCUUUGUGCCGCUUCGUCGUCCUUCUUCGGUCCAUUUCGAUUGCGCCUUGUAAUGGUAAGUUGUGACCAGAUUCGGAAGAUCAUAUUGUUGUGACCAGAUUCGGAAACAGGCGGUUAUUGCAUUCCCGUUCGUGCUUUUCAGAACCAGGCGGUUAUUGCAUUCCGUUCGCGUUUUUCAGAACCAGGCGGUUAUUGCAUUCCGUUCGCGCUUUUCACAACUUAGACACCUUGCAGAACCAAGAGGAAGAAGUGGUCAUUGGUUUUGUCGGUUUUGUCACUGCUCUGGUUUUUAACUUUUUGGCAGUUUUUGCAAUGUUUACUACUAGCAGAACCGAGUGGUUGUUGGUUUCACGCUGCGCACGAUUUCCACGACUUCGGCGACUUUCAGAAUGAGGUGGUUAUGUCCUUCGGCUGCUCCGUUUGCAACUCGGAUUUCGCUCGUGGUUUCUGCAGCUGCAGCGACUUUCAGAAUGAGGUGGGUGGUCUGUCAUGUCCUUCAGGAGAUGCGUUAAAUUUGGAAUGAUAAAGAGGAGAGGAGAACAAUUUGAACGAUCGUUGCACUGGUCUGUCAUGCCAAGCACGCGAACGCACGCUGGACUUCGGCCCUCUGCCUGGGCACGCAAAGGGUCGCACGCAUAAGUCAAGAACUGGUCUGAAUUUUAGAACCAGGUGGUCAUUGGUUUUGUCACGGUUGAGGGUUUUGCGAUGUUGACGACUUGCCCGAGGCUCUGAACCAGGUCUGUAGCGGUUUUGUCUUUUUUUGGUGACUUGUGUGGGUAGAGUAGAGAAAGUAUGUAUUGUGCAUAAAUAAAAGGCUGGCAAGUGUGGAAAUUGGAAACACCAGGCUUGGAGACAAAACUGUAGAGGAGCACUGAAUAACAGCGAUGAUAUCAUGCAGGGCAAAAGACUAGUCAUCCCUUGGGAGGACUUUCUAUUAAAGCACAAGAUUCUCUCUCUGGAGGAAGAUAUAAGACUCCCAUUUUUUCAGAAAAAAAAAGGGAAACGUACAUGAAUGUGUGGAUGUUUAUGGGCACCGAUG